GACCGCCAACAUGCCUCUCGCAGCGACCCGGACGGUCGCAAAGGCCCAGAAUGGCGUCGGCGCCUUCAUCCUCCAGUGCAAACGGCUCGAAUUCCACUACUGCAACUGGUGGGGAUCCUCGCGCGGCAUGAACGCCUUCAUCAAAGCCUCGCUGCCGACAUUCGCGCAGCGCAACCCCGCGAUCGAGUUCUCCGUCAGUCCGCGGCCGCGCAAGCACCCCGUCAUCAUCGCACACUACAUCAACGGCGCCACACGGUCCAUCUGCGUCAAGAACCUGCUGAACGAGGGCGUGCGCGAGAAGGCCGAGAUGCUGCGCGACAGCAACGGCGAGAAGAACAGGAAGCAGGGCAAGCCCGUCACCAGCAUCAACGAGAGCGUGAGGGGUAUCUGGUCGCCGUUCCACGGGGCGAAGAUCAAGAUCUGAGCAUGGCGAGACGGUUGGGAAGAGCCAAUGCAGCAUCUUCUGGACCACCGGUUGUACGAAUAUCUGGCAUGGACUGGCGUAUUUGGAUUAGACAUGUACAAAUGUACGAAUACUGUCAGCAUAAAUGCACACACUACACGCACGCAAGAGGUUCAGA